CCUGAUGAGACUUUGCUAUUCAUUCCGGAAGUUACUAUGCUUCGCGCUCUCCUUGACAGAGAUAUUUCAACCUAUCUGAUCGUGACUUUGUUAACCCGCUUCGUCGCACGAUAGAGAAAGGAAAAGCGACCCCGUGCCCUACCUUUGCUUAGUAAGAAAUUGGUGAAGGCAUCGGGAUAGGACUGAAACUAUGCCAUUCAAGAAGCGACUGAUCGAUGGAAAGCUUCAAACAGUACCAUUGCUAAAUAUCCCAUAGUAGGGUCAAGGGCGUUAGCGAGAGCGUCUCUGAACCUGUUUUCCUCUUCGCUUUAGCUCGAGCAAUUUCACUCUCUUCGAGUAACUUACAAUGAAUCUUCGGUAAUAGAAAACGAGUCCUUAAAAUGAUCUUAGCUCACUCACCUUGGUGGGUGCUUGCCACUCCUCGAUGGCUCUGAUGCCCAUCCAAUGCCCUAUUCCGAGGAUCUCCGUCUGUUUAAAGGAGCAUUUGUCUUUACAUAACAUAGAGGGGAUUUUUCUUUAAUACCUUAAAAACGGUCCGAAGGUGGUGGAAGUGGUCGUUUAACGAAUAGCUAUAGUCCACGAUUAAAGUAUACUACCAGUCGUCUAAGUACGGGUGGAAUAGCUCAUUGUGGAGGGAGCAGAACAUGGCAGGGGUAUUGGUGAGUCCAAAAGGCAUAACCAGAUCAAACGCCCCCGGUCAUUCCGGCAGCUUAAACUGAAAAUAGGAAAAGAUAUGAGAAUCAAAAGAAGUCUAUACCUGCAGAUGAAAGAGGAGCUUCUACGUGAACAUUUCACACAGUGCUUUCUCCUCCAACAGUCAAGUAACUAGCACUGGUUAUUCCAGCAAGAGCUCUUACUCUAACAGAACUAGGACCGUCAACUCCAAUUGUAGCAGCGGGAAUGUCUGAACCACCAGAUAUGGCAUUAAUAGCUUCUAUUGCAUGGGUGGAAAUGGAGAGCAGGCGCGGAAUAUAAUAGCUUGAACCGCUUAGGCUCUUUGCACCUAAAUAAAUAGUAGACACGCAAAAAAAUAAGACGCGAAACUUAUAGAGUCGUAGCCUUCUAAGACUUUCUUCUCCAACUCACUCAAUCGAUAGGUUGAGGCAAUCAACUGGAAAUCGACCAAAAGGACCUGUCAAGCCUUAGAAGUCAAAGCAUGCAUCACAUAUCAUCAUGCAUAGCUUAUUAGCUGUAGUAGCUGCAUAGGAAACAUAAAGCAUAUAGUACUUUUCUCCAUUGUCAUGCAUCAAAUGGCUGUCUCUCCUCUCUCAAAGCAGGCGAACUUCAUGGAAGAUCAAGAAAAGCGAGAACGGGAACUCCUAGAGCUGCUGGAGCGCCUAACCCGGCUGUUACCUCCUUCUACCGUCGCCCGCCUCUGAUCAGCAUUCCAAUACUCCGAAGCACACAUCAGAUACACAGAGUAGUAAUUGGCAUAUCCAUUCUCUCUCCACAAUGGCAAGCUCCUGGUUCACACCUAGAUCUGGCCGGAGAAUAGCAUAAGAAAGAUCUCGACGGCUCUGGGAAUAUACCACUCCCGAUACUCUUUCUCCGUCACCUCUAUCUCCAAAUCAACGGUUUGAUAUGAUGAAUUGAAUAUCAUUACCAAUGAUUACAAUUUCAUCAAUAUAUACUAAAAUAAAAAACAGAAUAGUUUCCACGUCGACGAGUAAAAAGGGACUGCCUGGGAUUGAAGAAAACCAGCAUCCACAGAAGCUAAUUUGGCAAACCCAUUUCGGGAUGCUUGUUUAAGUCCAUAAAGGGACUGAUUCAGGCGGCAAACUGAGUUCUCCCCCUGUGGAGAAUAUCCGUGAGGGAGAGACAUGUAUACUUCCUUUUUUGGAACAUGUUAAGGCUUUACGCUCUAACUCACCUUCACAACUCUAGGUGUCGUCGCGCCUAAGUUAUCAUUCUUUUUCCACUGUCUGAUUGCAGUAGGGGGUCACGUAGGAUGGUUAAGCCAGGAGCAGGACCGAUACUUUGCUUAGCCAACACAUCUUCACAUUGCCUUCCCUCCAAAUAUGACUCAAUUCACACCUCCAACCCCUUCUCAUUAGCUCUCUGAUUCUCAGGAUAAUAUUGAAAUGUGGAUCCUCAGGCCCAGCCAUUGUGCAGCUUCUGUAUAGAAACCAGGGAGUCCGUCUCAACCUGAAUGAGUCUAUAACCCUCCUCCCAGAAGCUAGUAGUUUGGCUAAAAAGAGAUAAUCAGAAGAAAAUGAUCGGGCAGGGAUGCACAGCAGGAACUUGCAAAGCCAACACAAGAGAAAAGAAAUAUGUUCACCCUUGGCAAUACGCACUUGAUAAUACCCCGAAAAUCCUUUUUCAUCGCUCUCAGCGCAUCAAGUCGAAUAGUGUUGUUUAACAAUCUUAAGCAGCUUUAAGGUAAAGAUGACAUUCAGGCUCAUAAGAAGCUCUUGUCGCCAACUACAUCGAAAAAUGCAAGAAACUUUGAAUUGGACGUAGAUAGCCUUUUUCAUCUUUUCUGAUUUCGAUAGGCAUCCCACCCUCACCUCAGGAUGAGAGGACUUCUUUGAGCCCUAAGCUUUGUUCCCUUCGCAAGUGACCUGAAAGCCGGGCAGGCGCUUUAAGAAGGUGCCAGUUGACUUCUAGUUGUAGCGGAUCUUACAUCGGUUCUAGCGCUUUCUCUUGAUUCUAUUUUUGAAAGAUCUUUCCUUGCUCUGAGGAAUGCCCGGUUUAACCAGAAUCAUCUCGUUAGCUUUUAGAGUCAUCCCGGGAUCUUUGGCUUAUGCCAUGUGCUCCAAACUUGAACUCAACUUCCUUUUUUCACCAACAUCCGCUUCUCACUCAAGAAACUGGUGAAAGUCUUUUCCCUUUGCUGCAGCUUUCCCACGAGCUUUGAUUAUCAUAUACUCAAUCUGGUCACUGGACCUAGGCUCUAUUGAGAAUUUGAUGAUGCCGAAGGAACCGCACGCACCAUCUGCGCCCUCGGCCUUGGACGAAAGAACAGACGAACUUCUUGAGGAGAAUCUAGAGCUACGAAAGGCAGCUCCAGCGGAUGGCCAAAAGGUCCCCGAAGUCCGGGAAGCAGUCAAACAGGACUUCAAAACCCAAACCCCGGCCGACAAAUUCACCUUACUCCAAGAACUAGAAAAAGAAAGAAAGGCUAAAAAAGAAACCCCUGCCAUGAAUUCCUCAAUGAAAUAAAGGAUUUUCAAAGCAAAAUCCAAGAUGGGCGGGGCAAUUGAGUAGCAAGCUAUCUGUUCUCGGAAGCAAAAGUAGCUCGAGCCAAAGGCAACAGCGAGGCCCCUAGUCCAAAAGUCUAAUAGCAUAGGAAAAUGCACUUGGGCUAGGGGGAAAGAAGAGCGGGUAUGUGGGCUUCUUUCACUUAACAGUUUUGUAAUAUCAAUUAGUAGUAUGCCCGGCCAGAAGACCGAUGAGCCUUACCAGAAGUGAAGCAAAGAAGAGAGAAAGUCGCUCUUAUAACGGUAACUGAAGAGUUGUCAACAAGUCAAAAAGGUGAUGGGAAAUUUCCAAUUAGAUCGAUCUUCUUCUUUCUUGUUAUGGAUAGAGGUUAGCUUUGCCAGCUGUAACCGAUGCCACAAAGGUUGAAAACGGAGAUUCCUUGAUGCCAUUCGCUUGACGGAAGCUACUUACCUUAUUACUAUCAAAGGGAAUGACAUGGCAAAGCCUUUAGCACAAUCAAGCAAUCAAAGUAAGAGGAAAAGAUCCAAGCUAGCCCGAGCCCCGAAAGGAAUCAAUCUCUUUUAACCAACCCCUCUUACUAGAUUGAGAAAAGGCGAUCUCGAUACGAUCUUUCUAAACCAAUCUAUCACUGGCACUGGAACGAACCAUUCUAUACUAGUACUAGUAUACUGAGUAGCGUGAUCAAGUCAAGUCCUUCCUCCUUAUUUCCGGAUUUCAAUUAGAUUAAUGUGCCCUCGUAUGGGAGUAGAAGCCACUACUUCCCUCUUCCCCCGAGAUGAACUACUCUCGCAAAGAACCUUCCUUCUAUUGGCUAUAUAUCUGUAGUCACACAGUUCCAGCUAUCUUCUGGAUAGAAGCGCAGGUGCUUGAGUGAAAGGCAGACAGGUAAGGGUAGGUAGUAAAGGCAAGCGCUUAGAAAAAGGUGGAUUAAAAAACGAAAAUAAAAUAGAACCAGAUACAUUCAACAAAGAAAGUGCUAGAGCAUUUAUUUAAUACAAAGAAAGGACGUUAUGUUUAAUGAACUUAUACAGGCCGUUAGGCGGGGCAAGAGGUACGAAGUCACUCGAAAGAGGUACGAAGUCACUCGACCUACAGGGAGAGGUACGAAGUCGUUCGACCUACAGGGAGAGGUACGAAGUCGCUCGAAGAGGGGCUACCGCUCGUUUCAAAUGAGUUGUUCGUUGAACUAUGUUCAACUAUGUGAUACUAUGUUACAGAAUAGUGAAACGAACAACGAAUAGUUCAACUCAUACGUUACGUAUACUAGAGUGACUGGUAAUGACAGGGUAAAGGCUGCAUUGAUAUUAUCAGUGUGAAAUCCCAUGUUUCAAAUGAAACUAAGCCGUUCUCAUCCUGUAGGUUUUCGAUGAUUACUGAUCAGAUGGGUGUCAAAAAUGGUUGAGAGACAGCUAGGUGCUACCAUACGGUACACUACGAUACCCCCGGUACCCUACGUACGAAGUGACUCGACUGAAAGGAGAGGGGAGAGGAACGUAGUUCUGCAACGAAGAACGGAGUGGAAUCCGUCCAGUGAGUAACUCGAGCAAACCCCCAAUGCGGAAGUAGGGAAAAAAUGACUAUCCCAAAAGGGGAAGUCCGAAGAUGAAUCAGAAUUGGCAUCUUGUUCAGACAAAAGGGGAGAAGUUGGAUUAGAAACUUCUUACAUGCCAGCGCUACUGCUGUAGUGGGAGGCGAGGUCAACGGUAAGUGGACGAGAAAAUUCCACAUGUAGAAUGGAAAGACCUGGGCUGCUAGUGAGUGCAAUGGGGAUAGUUUUCUCUAUUCAUAGUAGGUACGACGAAAUUCGAAUACGUAACAUGAUCUCCCCCACCCCUACUUUAGACAUAAAAGGAAGGUUGAAAACAACUAGUUGUUUAGUGACUCUUUACUUGACUUGAAAAGCUUAAGUUGACUACCACUUCGUUCGUACUUCACUACAGUGCCUGUAGCCCCAAGAUCGGCGAAUAAGAUCUCUUCUACUUUUCGUUGAGUUGUUCCCUUAUCAACUCAUCACGAUCGAUGAAGAUAAAAGGAGGCUUUCACUCGUACUCGUUAAGAGCCAAACAAGCUUUCUUUUUGAAGAUGGAUGGAUUUUAUUCGAAUAUAUUCUGUCGCCGAGAAUGGAUGGAAUUAACAACCACUGAAGGGGUUUGAUUCUCAGGCCGGAGUCAAGACAGAGAUCGAACCCCUAAUAUGACAUUGAACUUCUGGGUAUAAAAGACUAUCUAUUAGUAAGACUCGAACAGAAAGAUUUUUCAUAAUAGGAGUUGGGGCUUUCUUCGCCAAAGCGAAAGACUUAUUUUCUCUAGUUAGGAGCCCCAUCCCUUCCUUAUUCUUAUAUAUCUAUUCUUUCUUGCUACUUCCGGUUAUAAGCCACCGGCUUAAAGAAGACGAUUCUAGGCGUCCAUCAAUAGACCUGGGGAAGAGGCUAUUCAAUCCGCCAUGGAAGGUAGAACGAAAACAGGCGGACUUUUGCUUUGUCUUCCAUGCGCCUUCUCUAUCUAUGGGUAGACUUCACACCCGCUCUGACCGGGAAGAGAACGAAUUGACGCUAAAGAGAUAGAUUUGAGAAAAGACUUGCAAUCAAAAAGGCCACUUGAAUGGGUCCUUUGUCUCGAUGAAAAUAGGAUUGAUAAAUGGCUUUUUGAAAGUAAAUAAAAGUAAAUGUCGUAGACAAAGAAAGAAAGUCUACCCUGGCACUGGGCGUUCCCAAACGGGUCAAUUCAAUAGAAUAGACGCCUGUUGGCAUUCCAGCCUUCCUAUCCGAAAGAGAAUCCAGUAUCGUGAAUAUCUGAACUGGUUGUUUGCUGUUCAAGAAUUCUUCUUUAGGGAACACAUAUGUGUUAAGGGACUUUUGGUAAGACCUAUAGUUGGACAUUAGGGUCAGAUCCGAAUACGUGCCUUCACCUCAUCGAAGGUUUAGAAGCCUUGGACACCAAGAAGGUUCAAUCUGAAAGAGAAUAGAAAGGCGGGGGGCUAGAGGAAAUAGGUUCCUAAAGAAAGGAAAGCCACCUCCGAUCGAGCUUUCUUAUGCUUAUGACAGGCAUUCUCGGGGAAAGGGGGAAGAAAGACUUAUUGGAUUGGUUAUUCGCCCACGUAUUUAAAGAAGAGCCUUCUAUAUUACUUAUAUUACGUGCGAGUGAGGUCUUUCCCAAAACAAAUAGUGGGAUUUCCUCAACCUUCCUGACUUUUUACCGACUACUCCUUGCUGGUGGGUUGACUUCUACAGUACAACGCGGGGACUUCUCUAUUCUAUAAUUCUAUAUCUUUUUGAUCUCGCACUUCCUUACUUCUAAUAGAACCUGGAGACUAGCUAUAGCUCUUCUCUUGCGCGCUUCCCUGCUUUAGCUCACCAUUCUUCUCUUUGGAAAAGCCUUUUAGAAGAAGAAUUUGAAAGGUACAGAGAUUCGGUCGAGGUACGAAGUCACUCGGUCGAGGUACGAAGUCACUCGAAAGAGGUACGAAGUCACUCGAAAGAGGUACGAAGUCACUCGAAAGAGGUACGAAGUCACUCGACCAAUUCGUUGAACAUAGUUCAACUCAUUUAGUUGCUAGAGAUUCGUUGAACAUAGUGAGACUAAGGACGCGAAACGCCCACUUGGGUAGCUAUGACCAAGUCAGCCCAUCGGACUCGAAGAAGGGAAGCGGAAUGCUGAGAAAAAUACCCUAAGCUAGCCGAAGAAAGCUUAGUCCCACCAGUUGUUUCUGGGGCCUCCAAUAAGCUUUCCAUCCUCCCAUCAAUACCAAUUCGGAAGCAUGAACCAACAACCAAUCCAACCAUAUAACCGUUAUUUGGUAUCAGCUGUUUUUAGAUAGGCUGCCACUUUAGAUCGGGAUAACAACCGGUAGUCACAGCUGCUAUCCGCUGUUGUCACUAGGAACUAUCACUCUCCUUCCAGCCCCCUUCACGGGCAGUAUUCUUAUGUUCUUUUGUUCUUUACGUCUUGUAUACCAAUGGGUGAUGAAUCCACCGGGGACAUGAUGAAGUCGGAACCAGAGAAACCAUCCAGGGAAUUUUGGCCGGAUCUAAUACAUAUGGAGGUGUAGUAGACAUCGACCAACCUGCUGCCAUAUCAUAUAACUUCCACAUAACACCAAACCUCACAAGACUUUCAUCUCUUCUUUAAAGCCUUUUCAAUUGGCUCUUUCUUCCCUUCUGGUUUUUAAAAAGGCUGGCUACUGGCCUUAUUCGUCUUUGGCUAAGGAAAAAGAAACCUCACUAUUACCGACACUGGUAUAGACUAUAGACACAUUUUGGUGUCCUUCUCGCCUGGUGGCCACAACCCUUUCCUAUCAGCUUAGGUUUUAUAUAGUAUAGCGGAUGGGUUAGUAGUUAAUUGCUAUCCCCUUUUUACCUGUAUUUGGAGUCGUGUCGUUGUUGUCUGUGCGGGCUGGUGUUCUUUCCGAUCUUGCGAUGAGCUUUAGCCGUUCUUUGUUGCUUUAAGCAGUAACAUGUUCCGUUGCAGAAGAAGCAGUUACGAAGCAGCCGUUCUUUGUUGGAAUCUCUCGUACGAGAUGUCCGGUGUUAUGAGGAAUGUUGGGACUUCACUUUACCUUUGGAAGGAACUACUAUUAUAUCGACCUGCGGUUUGUCUAGUUCCUGAUCGGUUAAGUAAGUUUUCAAUGGUCUGAUGCUGUUAUAAUCCGUCAGCCUCGCUACCUUUAAUGCUGUGCGAUUGAAUGUUGAAGUAGUGCCGUCUUAAGUGUUGGGCUUGGUUGGAGUUGGUUUACCGGACCGAAGAGUGGCAAGCAAUAUUAUUACAAUACCGAAAAGAACUUGUCGCGGGAGCAGCCAAAAAAGAAGAGACUCCUUCAACAACAAAGAAAGAAAUUGCGUAAGUAAAGAGAAAGAUAGCCAGUCCUCUUGGGCGGCCGAGAGUGUUAUGUAAAAAGGACCAAGGAGGAUCCUAUCCGUCAGGAGAAGGAGGAGGAGUAGGAGCUAGCCUUAGGUAGGGGCGGAAUCGAAUGAUUAGGAGAUAAACAAUGAGACAAAGGAGAGCACUUAGACAAUUCACUUUGAGUACAGGGAAGUCUGCUGGUAGGAAUUCCUCAGGGCGUAUUACGGUUUUUCACCGAGGGGGUGGAUCGAAGCGAUUGCAGCGAAGAAUUGAUCUGAAACGAAAGACUGAGUCUAUAGGCGUUGUAGAAAGGAUAGAACGUGCGCCUAAUCGCUCUUCUCGGAUCGCUCCGGUACGAUGGUUCCCCCGGGGGGGGGAAAAAAGGGUAGUUUGCUUCUCUCCUGGGCGGAUGGCCACUUAUGUAGUGGUCGGCCUUCCUACCAGAAUGCCUUCUUGGUCGAAGAGCCCCUUUUAUACUAGUAAGGACGCAGGAAGCAAAGAAACUUGCGCGAAGGACGUUUUCUUCUCUGCCCUCUCCUCUCCAAAGGCCAAGGGAGAGACUGCAUCCCUUUCCUUCGGUAGCUCUUUUGGUUUCCCAAGGAUAGCGGUAGCUGGAGCAAAGCCCGCUUUCUUCUCUCCGCGAAUGAGAGAGAAAGUCAGAGGAAAAAACACGUUCUCUCUUUGCGAGAUCCGAAAGUGGAGAACGCAUAGCAUUCUAUGGGUACAUAGGAUCAAACGUAAAGCAGCGCUCUCUUGGCAGAGUUUUAGGUGGCAAGAGACUUUAGGGCUUGUUGGAGCUUCUGAGCGUAACGAAUCGAAGCCGAAGACGGAUCAAGGUAGCUUGCCUGCCAAGCCGAUAGGCGAAGGGCUGAAGGAUGGAACGUGCAAAGUAGAUCGUGCACCUGUCACUUAUAUAAUAGCCAGUCAUCAAUUGGAGGCGGGCAAGAUGGUGAUGAAUUGCGAUUGGUCUAAACCUUCGACUAGCGACUUAUUGCGGCCUGCCCAGAAUGCCCAUACAGACUAAGACCUUAUUCACACAGCGAAGAAAGGCCGAGUGGAAGGGGGCAGUCAGCUGGCUGCUUCUUUGCCAUGCGCUUUGUUUCGCUUUAUUUUUUAGAAGAAAGAGACCAAAUGAGAGUGAAAGGCAAGGGCAAGCGAUAGAAAGGAUAGUCCCUCGCGCGAACUAC